AGUUGCCAUUUUUUUACGUCCAUGGCCGGACGGUUAUCUUCCUACAAGUCUGCUCUCGGUGUCAUUUCUGCGCGUACAGGUGCCCCGUUAUCGUCUCUGCUCGUUUCUUUUGCUAUCUUACACGAAAUCACUGCUAUUGCAUCUUUUGCGGGUGUAUUCUAUGCGGCUCGCGCUUUCGGGGUUGGAGAACGCGUCGUUGAUACUGUCGCAGCCGAUGAUGAACCCGCUGGAUGGGCCCGACAACAGGUGAAGACAUGGGUGCAGGAAGGAACCGUUUGGGCGCAAAGAGUUGGUCAACAAUACGGGAUAUUUGGACUGGAGAAGAAGGGCAGUACGAAUAAGACGGAAAGCCCAACGUAUCUACCAGAACAUCUUGCUGGCGACAUAGCCAAUGCUGUCUUCGCUUAUGGUGUCACCAAAGCUUUCCUUCCUGUUCGAAUUGGACUAUCGCUAUACCUUUCACCUGCAUCUUCCCGGAUGGUCGUUGACCCUCUCCGAAGGGUAUUCAUGCGGUCAUUUCAACGGAAGAAAUAAAGAGAUAUCGACGUUCUAUUUGAUAGGGCUUUUUGAUUUCGAAGUUUAAAUAUCGCAUUCGAAGGUGUCGUGUUCUUGAUCUUUUUCUUUGCACAAUUCACUAGCUAUUUUCAUCUGUGGAGUGUGGGCAUGGGGCAUCGCCUAUUUUUUUUGCGAGCCUCCAGCCAAAAACAUUUAAUUUCACCCCUCCCAUCUGCCUUAUAUCGACAGCUACGCUACGAUAUGUAAGUAGAUGUAUAUACUAGAAUGGAGAAACGGGAAAAAUAUUUAAAAGACGGUGAUGGC